CGUAUCAAUUUCAUCUAAUAGUACGGCUAAUAAUACACUUAGGAUUCCGUCCAGAGCACUACCUUCUAACAUGUUAGGUUCUUCUUCAGAUGCGAAUGUGCAUCCGUCAAAUAAAUCGAGUCUAGGCUCAUUGCAACCUCUUUUAAAUAACGCAAUUAAGGGUGUGGUUACGAUACCGUCUAAGCUUCCAAAAACCGUCGAAGAAUUGAUAGUUCUAAUCAAAUCCACAUUUGCUCAAAGUUUUAAUUUAAACUAUACCCAAAAUGAAUUAAAGGCUGUAUAUCGUCGUGAAAGCGAAACAAUAGAAGAGUACGGAUUUCGAGUAAAUGAUAUUCUAGAUCGCGGGGUACAGGCGGCGAAAGAAAAUUUGAAUUCGAAGGAAUUUGGGGAAGUUAAAAAAUUGCUUAUGACGAGCGCGAUGACCGGAUUUUUAAGGGUGAUAUUAAAGAAUUAAGGGAAGUUAUAAAAUUAGCGUCUAGAAUUGAAAAAUAUGUAAACUCUCCACGGACAUCUAGAAAUGCGAAUACUUCUGAUAUUAAUCCUAGGGUAUUGAGAGCAGAAGUGCGUAAGAAAACGUGUUUUAGUUGUGGGAAAACAGGUCAUUUUUCUAGGGAAUGCCUUGCGCGACCGGAUCGUCAAUAUGGGAGGCCAAUUCGCAACGCGCUUAGGUGUCGGAAAUGUGGGAAAUUAGGCCGAACCAAUUUAUCAUGUAGGAGGAGAGAUGUUAACCGUGUUUGGAAAAAUCGCGAUCACCAGUUUCCUUUCAGUUUCUAAAAAUCAAAGAAAUCCUUUGAAUACGAAAAGGAGUUGUCAGUAGUCUUCUUUGGUGUAGAACAUUUUUUGUUUGAUUCUAUCUUUAUGGUCGGCAAUUUACGAUGCUUACUGACCAUAGACCUUUAGUUCGACUACACAGUGUCAUGGACCCCACGUUUAAAAUUAUGAGGUGGCGUAUUAGAUUGAUUGAGUAUGAUUAUACUAUGGUAUACAAACCUGGAAAGGUUAACGCUAAUGCCGACGCACUUUCGCGGAACCCUGUAACAACCUGUAUAAAUUCUGAUCCUCAACCAUUUACCGUACGGUCUGGCGUGGAUUCCAAUCCCGGUUCAUGGUGUCUGGAAAGGGUGCUUGCCUGCGCAGGUGAGACACCAGUUGCAGGUUCUGAAAUGGCCGGGU